GUACACUUCCGUCACACUUGUCUCUUGAACCUAAAGGAAAAAAUGACUACUGCUAGGCCAAUCUUCGCGUGUGCUUUCGUUAUACUGUGCACCCUUUUCCAUGCAGCCCGCCCAGAGCUCAUCUUAACAUUAGUCAACAACUGUCCCUUCACUAUCUACCCAGCAAUCCAGCCCAACGCGGGGCACCCCGUCCUCGAAAAGGGAGGCUUCCCUCUCCAAACUCUCACCCACCGCUCCUUCCGUGCACCAGACCAGCACUGGUCAGGUCGGAUCUGGGGCCGCACUGGAUGCACCCACUCCAACGGAAAAUUUCAGUGCACCACAGGUGAUUGCAACAACAGAAUCGAAUGCAACGGCCUCGGUGGAGCCCCCCCUGCCACUUUGGCACAGAUUACCCUCCACCACGGCCACAACGACUUCUCCUCUUAUGGAGUGUCCCUUGUCGACGGUUUUAACCUCCCUAUGACUGUGACCCCACACGAAGGCAAAGGGGUGUGCCCUGUGGUAGGUUGCAGGGCCAAUCUGCUGUCCACGUGCCCAGAUGAGCUAAAGUUCAGGUCAUCGGCCGGUCAUGUUGUGGGGUGUAAGAGUGGGUGUGAGGCGUUUGGAACGGAUGAGCUGUGCUGCAGGAACCAUUACAAUAGUCCACAGACGUGUAGGGCUUCUAGCUUCUCUGAGUUCUUUAAGCAUGCGUGUCCUGCCACGUUUACUUAUGCUCAUGAUAGUCCAUCGCUCACGCAUGAGUGUUCUUCGCCACGUGAACUUAAAGUUAUCUUUUGUCACUAAAAGAGUCUGUAAGUAGCAAAGUCGAAGAAUGAAUAUCGUAUCUAUGUUUUGGUCUUUUGUAUGAUCUAUCCUAAUUCUCUCUCUGGCCCAGCUUGGAAUAUUAGGAAAGAUUGAUAAUGUCAUAAUCUUCUGGUCUUUAUGUUGUGUGUAUGGGAAUGUCAUGUUUGGGGUUUCUGUUUAAUCAAAUCUUAAUUUUAGA